AUCCGUGAGUCCACGUUGGAUGUCGGGGAUCGGGUCUUAGUCCGAAAUCUUCGUCUCAGAAGUAAACACAAACUGGCAGACCGUUGGGAGCCAAUAGUGUAUGUAGUCACCAAGAGAAUGGGAGACUUACCGGUGUAUACACUGAAACCAGAGAAAGAAGAUGGUCCCCUGAGAACGCUCCACCGAGACCUUUUGCUCCCCUGUGGUUUUCUUCCACAGGCGGAAGAAGAGGAGCCCAAGCGUAUCAGUAAGCCUCAAAGACCACAAACUCGACAAAGUCUCACUCAAGCAGAGGAUAACGACUUGAUCCAAGAGAAUGAUGAUGAUGAAAUCUGUUAUCAGUUUCAACCAUCAGAGGAGAUAAAAGAGACACAUUUCAUCAAAAUAUAUGAGACACAAAAACUGAACUCAGACAAACAAAAGGAUGGACAUGGAAAACCUGGAAAGGAACCUGACAACCACUUACCUGGAACUGGAAUACACUUACCUGGAACUGGAAUACACCUACCUGAAACUGGAACAAACUUACGGGAAAUGUCAACUGGAGCCCCACGCUUACCUGGAAGUCCCUCCAUGGAGAGGUCAAGUGAUGGGGAGCCCAAUCUGGAACCACCUGAAAGAGAAAAUGAGAGUGAAUCAAAUGAGACAGAUGUUGAACAUGGAGUCACAGCAAAUGAGGAAACUGACCUUGAGGCAGGAGACAGUCUCUUUAACCAGCCUCCAUCCAUGCCAGAUAACACCUUGGCAGAUGGGUCAGACCUACCUGAAAUGAGCUACAUGCAGACAGAAAAUCAAGUGGUGGCUGACCAACCAGUGGCUAUGACCCAAAGUGACAACUCAGACCCAUCUCAACCUGUGCGGAGAUCUGAGAGAACUCGUCAGCCAAUGAAAAGACUUGAUUAUCCUCAGUUAGGCAACCCAUUAGUCACAGUCGUUAAGUCACUAUUCCAAGGGUUAAGUGAAGCUUUUAUUGAUUCCCUGAAUACUGACAAUAAGGAUUAUUGGUCCCAGAGUCAAGCUUUUGAAAUCACCACUCCUAUUGUAGAGUAAUAAACAUGCAGCGGGACGUGCAUGAGAAUUAAAAGGGGAGGGUGUAACCCAGUACAUAAUUGGGGAUAAAAAUAUUAUUAGUUCUUUGAAAUUAUAUAUAUUUUUAUUUAUCAACCCUUAUUUGAUUAUUAUUUAUUUAUUUAUUAUUUUCCCAUUUAUAUUUAUUUUGCACACACCCAGUAUUUAUUUGUAUAUUAUUUUUCGAAAAAAAAAAGUAGUUCCACCCUUUUCUCGCGAGAGUCAGAGUGAGAGCAGCCAUGACGAGCAGGUGAGAAAUACCGAAGCAAGUCACUCUUUAGUAAACAAAAACCGGCGGUUGUUAACUCACUUUAGAGCACAGAAAAAGUCUGGAAACUGCACCUAACGGGAGCAGAGGGAUUGUCGAGGACCUGUGUGUUGUUGUUUUCGGCAGAGACCUGGCUAGGUUUUUUGAGCACCCUCAGAACUUACCGUAGAUAUGGAUCGGGAUUCUCCUCAUGGAAGGAGAUGGCGAGCCAGUGAUACCAAAGGAGCAGAGAACCAGCACCUGAGCCUGAGGAGGACAUCCAGCCCUUCUUCACCGUAACUGAGUGUGUCUGUGGUAGGACCACACACACACACCUGACUUUUGUGCCCCUGACUAUUUUAUUUUAUUUCCCCCUGAUUUGACUUGACUUUUGAAUAACGCGCGCUGCAGCACCAAGUACAUUAAAGGACAACUGAAGGAACAUUGAGGAACAUUAAAGGACAAUUAAAGGGACAUUACCUUUCCUAUGAGGACACUUUUUGUUGUUUUAUAUUGAAAAGAAAUACUGAAAUAUUGAAAGAUCAGUUGUAAAAAUACUGAAUUUAUUUUCUUAUUUUAUUUUUAUUUUUCCAUUCAAACUUUUUGGUUCAAUACAUUGAACUUACAUUUAAACUACUACGUGGCUCCGUUUAUUCAUUGUGGUUGUCCAUUUCUUCCAACCCUCCUCUACGAACCUAGUCCUGGUCCAUUCAUUAGUAACCUUAUUACACCUAGC